CUUGUGUGACGCAUGGCUCACGCUACGGUACGCCAUUUGUGUCUAGCAGCAAAAAGCGCGGACAGUGGACAUAGUCGUAUAACAAGAGGAGUUUGAUCCAGUGUUGGUGAAAACGAUCAACUUCACUGUUAUAGAAUUAUAGCAGUGUAAGAUAUGGAUGAAACAGUAACAUCAGAAAAAGAGGCUGUUGAGGACAAAGUGCCUGACACCGUCAGUUGUAAGGUGCAGCAGGAUGAUGUUGACAUGGAGGGAAAUAAAGAAGACCCUCCCGAAAGUACUGCCAAGCCUGAUGAAGCAGAAGAUGAACUCACUAAAGGUCUUCUGCCGGACUCCGUGCCUGAAGAUCGGGAUACUAUCUGCACAAAUUGUGGGUUCUCAGCUAAAUGUCCAAGAUCACUGAAGAUUCACUAUGCAAGAAAGCAUGGAAAGAACUCGAGGAAUAACAAAAGAACAGCUAAGCUAGCUGAAAAAAGUGAACAAAUCUCUGACCUGAGUCCAUCUGAAAUCCAUCAGGAAGUAGACAUGGAGACAGAAAGUGCUGCUGAAGUUCAACAGAACAAUAAGUCUGAUAGUGAUGAGCUGGGAUCAGGGUCCAAUGAGAUGAAGACAAAGCAUUUAACUAAAAAGCAAACUGAACUAGACAAAGAGCAGGCAGAUCAAGAAGAGGCCAUCCCUAUGCAGGAGAGAAGAGUGAGCAAGCGGACCCCAAAACCUAAGAUGAUAUAUUCUUGCAACUACUGUGGACAAGAGUUCAGGGACAAGUCCCCUUUGGAUGUGCAUAUCCAGAGUUACCACACCAAAGACACCCAAUUCACAUUUGAGGCUGGUGAGAACAUGGAUGCAGAAAAGGACGCUGAGGAUUCUGGCAGCACUCUGAAAGCUACUCCCACAAGAGUGGCAGCUAAACGUCCGCUCAGCAGGUUCCAGCUUAAGUGUACCAAAUGUGAUUUUAGGGUUAGCAACCCUUCAUUGCUGGAGAGCCAUACUCGAAUCAAACACAUGAACCAGCAGUGGUACCGUUGCAAAUUGUGCAACUUCUUUUCUGCCACAUCUGAGUGGAUGGACGCUCACCUGUCCUCCGAUAGUCACAUGCAGCAGCAGAAAGAGGAGAAAGGCAUGGAGCAUUCGGCAUUUGAGGUGUACGUUGAGAGUGUAACUAGAGACAGUAUUGGAGAAAGUGGUAAAGUGGAUGAUAUGGCUCAGGUGGCUACUGGAGAAGACGUAGACUCUGCAACAGAAGGACAUCAGGAAACUGAAGAGGCAGUGGAGACUGCCAAAGCUGAUUCGGUCGAGGAAGAAGAUUUUGAGCUUCAAUCUCCCAAAAGAAAAAGAGGAAGACCAAAGCAAGUGUCCACGACCACUUGUGGAUACUGUGGCCUGGUAGUGUCCAAUGCUACUAACCUCAGUGUCCAUGUCCGCCGCAAACACAGCAAGGAGUAUGGCUACAGCUGCACCCUGUGCAACUACAGCUGCGUGACCAAAGGAGACAUGGAUCGUCACUGCAUCACAAAGAAACAUGUCAGACGUGCACAAGAUUGCUCAAAUAAGAACCAAGUGGACAACCACAGAAGUCCGUCCCCGCAGGAAUCCACAAGUCAAUGCCAGGAACCAGAUGCAGCCCCACAGACCCCUGAUAAGGAGUCAGAAUCUGACAACACAGCAUCCAACGAGCAGAGCGGGGAAGAGCAAACUCAGUCAGACACAAGCCAGAACAAAAGUAAAUAUGACUCUCUGAAUGCUUGCGUGUAUUGUGAUUUUGUAGCUCAAUCAGUCCCUUCACUGCAUCUUCACGUCAAGAGAAAGCACACCAAAGAUUUUGAGUAUGUAUGUCUAGCAUGUAGCUACUAUGCCGUAACAAGCAGGGAAAUGUCUCGCCAUGCCAGCACAGAAAAGCACAAACAGAAAAGCCGGAAAUAUCUGGCACCAACAGGAAGCGAGGGACAAAGAGAUGCAGCGCUCCCUUUGAAGCAAAAAGAGGACAUUGAUCUUGAGGGGGCAAACUCCAACACUGAAUGUGAGCCCUAUAGCCCCAAAGAAGAGUCUGACUCUUGUGCUGGUGACAGCCAAGUUGUGGAAAGUCAGAAUCCAGCCGAACUCUUCGUCACCACAGAGCAUGUUGAUGCUGUAGCUGGUGUGGACAAGGAGCAAGCAGAGCCUGAUACAUCUUCUAGUUCCAGUGAACCACAUCUAACCAAUGUGACAAUGGACCCUACAGAGCUAUCUGAAUCCAAGCAGGCUGUAACAGAUAUUCAGCCUUCAGUGGAUCAGCCUGAGGGCCAGGAGGAAGUGGAGGAACAGGCGGACGAAGAGCAAGACAUGAUUAUAGAUGCAAAAAGUGGCAAAUGUCCUCCAGAUACACAAAUGUCCAAAGCCCUUCCCUUCGAUGCCUGCAUUGUAUCCUGGAAGAACCUUGCUGAGCAGGAGCUGCAGGAAGGUUUGACUCUAGAGGGCGAGGCUGCUGUCAUAUGUCUGACUGGGGGGUCCCCGGUGACUGGCUGCCUGCCCUCUCACUCUGCAUACGUCAAGAAGAUCACACGCAAAGAAUUGAAGGUGAGAAAGGAAGCUAAGGGAAGCGGCUCGCGCAUACGCUGCGACGACUGCGGCUUCAUGGCCGACGGCAUCAGCGGCCUCAACGUCCACAUCUCAAUGAAGCACCCGACCAAGGACAAACACUUCCACUGCUUGGUGUGUGGCAAGUCUUUCUACACCGAGAGCAACCUGCACCAGCACCUGACCAGCGCCGCCCACCUCCGCAACGAGCAGAACAGCGUGGAGGAGCUGCCCGAAGGCGGCGCAAGCUUCAAGUGCGUGAAGUGCACGGACCGCUUCGAGUCUGAACAGGAACUGUUUGUUCACAUCAAGGAGAAACACGAGGAGCUUCUGAGGGAGGUCAACAAGUACGUGGUAGAGGACACGGAGCAGAUCAACCGCGAGCGCGAAGAGAACCAGGGCAGCAUGUGCAAAUACUGUGGCAAGGUGUGCAAGAGCAGCAACUCCAUGGCCUUCCUGGCACACAUCCGUACACACACUGGAUCCAAGCCCUUCAUGUGCAAGAUCUGCAACUUUGCAACCGCUCAGCUGGGAGACGCCAGGAACCACGUGAAGAGGCACCUCGGCAUGAGAGAGUACAAAUGUGACAUCUGUGGCCUCAUCUCACUGUCUCCGAGCCCCGCGGGACGCAUAAAACACCCUCGUAGAAAAACUCCAGAGGCGUGUUGGUGGCAUCCGUUUGGAUGGAUGCGGGGAUGCAGAAAAAGCCAAUGAGGUCUUUGUGUAUGUUUAUGCAAGUGCGGA